AUUCAUAGGUGCCUGGUAUCAUGUGAAGAUCGCUGAGGUGUACACAAAAUCAUGCAGAGACUGGAAGUUUUGGUUUCUUCACUGAUAACAGGUGUAACAUUUUGCAAGAAUUAAAGUUCAUGUAAGCAACAUUGGAGCUGGAAUGAUUGGUGCAUUACAUUCCGCAGAGGUCGACUUGAUCUUUCAAAAGCAACUGAAUUGACCAUUGAGCACGCACAAUACUUAGAUUAACAAUAAUUACAUAAGGCAUCGUGCAUAUCUGUCAGGAUCUGACACAUCUGUGAUGGUCAAGGAGGUAGAAAAACAGAUGUUGGAGGAAAUUGUCAAUGUUUAACUCUGCCACCUGUUUCCAUGGUGCAUGUUUGCCUGGAUGAUGAUAAUAACCUUGCCCACAGACGUGAAUGGCCAUGAUGAACACAUUUAUUGAUCUCCAUAAAAAUGUCAAAUCAGUGACUUUUAAAGACACCGACACAUUUUACACAGAUCACAGCCGAAAUUUCACUAUGCCGAUAAACAUCACGGUUACUAAAGCAGCGACAAAAGUGCAUUUCCCAUUCACACAAUGCACAUUUACAUGUGUGGGCACACCAUAGUCUUCCACGAAAUGAUACAUAAUUACAUUUUGGUGUAUCCAUCGGUGUCUGAACGUCCCUCAACAUCACUGCUAAUGUUAGCAAGCGAGCUAGCUAAUAAAUGAAACAACCAGCUAAUCACGCCAAGCACCGCUCAGCAUUUUCCCUGCCGUAGCAUUUAUAAUACUCGGUGGUGCGAAAAUGCAUUUCGAUACCUAUACGAAUAACAAAGGCAUACUCCGCAAACAUAUUCCUGUUAUUUAUACCACAAGAACAAGCACCGAGACCGAUUCAAUCGUGGCCUGUCCGAGGAACUGAUGGCAGCUGCUCCACAGCCCCCUUCCGCAUUUUCCUGCGGCUCUAGCACUGUGACGUGUAGUGCUGACGGCGGCCUAGAUGCUGGUGGAGCUGGGGGCUGCAUCGUAUCUUUGUGCAUCAGUGGAGCUCCGAAAGCCUCGGCCCCUCCCUCCCGGAGCCUCAGCGGCCCGCCCUGCUUACACAAUCCCCCGUUUGAGUCCUGCCCGAGUCUGGUGAACCCGUACGGCCUGUGGAACAAGUGAAAAUACAGGCCGCAUAUUACCCAAAACUGUCGAACAAAAUCCAACACAGAUGAGGAGAGAAGACAAUGGAUGAAGUUACUGCUCUCUCCAUCCACUCUCAAGAGCCCAAGAUCAUAUUUCAUGGAGCAGAUGGGGAUGGCGAUGAGGAUGACGGGGUGGUGGUGGAGCUGCAGGAGACGGUCCUGGUGUCAGACAUGGAGGGCAUGGAGGGUGAAGUGGAGGGCAUGACGGUGCACGGCUUCGCCCCCGACGAGCUGGUCAUCCAGGACGCCAUCGAGGAUGUGGUGGCGGAGUACGUGCAGUGCGCAGAGGUGGAAGAUGACGACGACGCCGCCGGCUUGGAUUCUGCCAUCGCUGUGGAGACCUGCGAGAUGUCGCCCAAUGAAGUCGCGCUGGAAGACGAGGGGCUGCAGAUGGAUGACAAGGCUGAUGACGACCAGGAGGACUGUGGCGACUACCUCAUGAUCUCAUUGGACGAGGCGGGUAAGAUGGUGUCUGGGGACGGUGAGAAGGUGACAGUGGAGGCGGCGCUGGAGGCUCAGGACGGAGAGGACAAGGACGAGGACGGCCAGGAGGUCAUCAAAGUCUACAUCUUCAAAGCUGAUUCUGGGGAGGAAGACCUCGGUGGGACGGUGGACAUUGAUGAGGGGGAGCUGGAUGUGGAUGAGGGGGUGGAGCUGGUGGACUCUGCUGGUCUGCCCAUCCGCGAGAAAAUGGUCUACAUGUCUGUCGGCGACGCACAUCAAACGCAAGACGACAUCAAUGUUGCAAAGAUCUCUGACGAGGUGUACAUGGAGGUGGAGGUGGGAGCGGAGGAGGCGGCCAAUCAGCAGCGCUCGUUCGACAACGCCUCAUUGGCCAAGGAGUUCAUGCCUGUGGCCUGGGCUGCUGCCUGCGGUGGUGAGGAGACCGAGGCGUGCGAGCCGCGUAACGGGGCGGCCAGCGCUUUGUUGCACAUCGAUGAGUCGGACGUGAUGGAAAAGCUGAACCGCCAGCGCAGCAAGAACAAGAACAAGAAGCGCUCUGAGGUGCAUCAUGUGCAGACAGCCAUAAUCAUUGGCCCUUACGGCCAGCCGCUGACCGUCUACCCAUGCGCGCUGUGCGGCAAGAAGUUCAAGUCCCGCGGCUUCCUGAAGCGCCACACCAAGACCCACCACCCCGACGCCGUCAACCGCAAGAAGUACCAGUGCACCGACUGCGACUUCACCACCAACAAGAAGGUCAGCCUGCACAACCACAUGGAGAUCCACGCCCUCACCACCAGCGCCAGCAGCGGCGGCGGCAACGCCACCAAGACGUCAGCGCUAGCGGCGGCGGCAGUGGCAGCAGCAGCAGUGGCGCCCUUUGAGUGCGAAAUCUGCGGUAAAGAAUUCAGUCAACAGGGGGCGCUGUUCUCACACAGACUGCAGCACCACCACCGCGAACCCAAACUACAGAUCUCCCCUCCGGCCGCCACCAAGAUGCACAAGUGCAAGUUCUGCGAGUACGAGACGGCGGAGCAGGGCCUGCUCAACCGCCACCUGCUGGCCGUGCACAGUAAGAACUUCCCCCACAUCUGUGUGGAGUGCGGCAAGGGCUUCCGGCACCCGUCGGAGCUCAAGAAGCACAUGCGCACGCACACGGGCGAGAAGCCCUACGCCUGCCACUACUGCGACUACAAGUCGGCCGACUCCUCCAACCUCAAGACGCACGUCAAGACCAAGCACAGCAAGGAGAUGCCCUACAAGUGCGACCGCUGCUUCCAGACCUUUGCCGAGAUGGAGGAGCUAAUGCAGCACAGCCUGACGCACGAGGAGGCCAAGGCCCACCAGUGCCCGCACUGCGGCCACAAGAGCUCCAACUCCAGCGACCUCAAGCGCCACGUCAUCUCCGUGCACACCAAGGACUACCCGCACAAGUGCAGCAUCUGCGGCAAGGGCUUCCACCGGCCCUCGGAGCUGAAGAAGCACGCCGUCUCGCACCGCGUCCGACGCCUCCACAAGUGCCGCCACUGCAGCUUCAAGAUCGCCGACCCCUUCGUGCUGAGCAGGCACAUCCUGUCGGUGCACACCAAGGAGCAGAAGGCCCUAGCGGACAAACAGGCGGGAGGCGGGGCGGGGGGCUUGCUACUGGGGGCUAAACGGACAUUCCCCGGGGGUGUAGGAGGAGGAGGGGGAGGUGGUGGAAGCACAGGCCCCAAAAAGGCCUUCUCGGCUGGGGCGGCGAUCGUGAAAGGCCCCAGGGAGCGGAGGGUGUACCAGUGUCAGUACUGCGAGUACAGUACAGGCGACGCGUCAGGUUUCAAGCGGCACGUGAUCUCCAUUCACACUAAGGACUAUCCGCACAGAUGCGAGUACUGUUCCAAAGGGUUCCGCAGGCCCUCGGAGAAGAACCAGCACAUCCUAAGGCACCAUAAAGACAUCAUAUCCCCAGACUGAGGCGCGUGCCAUGAACUCUUUUGGCGGACUUAAGGCUAUGUGCAUUGUUCUUGGGUUAAGGGUGGGAUAUGGGGGGUCGGGUCGUGACUAGAGGAUGGCUUUUGAUGAGGUUCAGGAAUAGAGGCCUAGAUGGCAGCCCUUCUGGUUAGUCCGAAGGGACCUUAGCAUUGAUCCCUAAAAAACACACUGAGUAUUAAUUUUGUGUAUAUUUUAGAGAUCCAGUGCUAAGAAUCCCACAGAGCCUUCCGGAACAGGCUUGCCAGGCUGUCUGUAACCCUUAACUAACCAGCAUCAAGGCCCCAAGGUAUCCAACCCAAGAGAUGCUCCUGCAUUGGGAAGGACCGUCUCAUGACUUUUUAAGGGGGGGUCUGAGUCUUAUCCAACCAACUAACCUGCACACCACCCCAGCCAAUACCCAUCACCCAUCAUUGCACCCUUGUUUUGUUCCUCUGGACACUCGCUGUGUAGUGCUCUGUUGUGACCAGCAGGGGGAGCAAACAAACAAGGCUCUCACAGAAAAGACAUGAGUCCUCUCUGUGAGCCAGAGACUUGGAAGACUUGAUAACGUGACAAUGGCCUGAAUUGUUUCUGGUUUGUUCAACUUUGCAAGUGGUUUUGUUUCCAUCUGAUUUCUGUUUCUUUUUAAAAUUAUUUUAUUUGUUAUCCAUCAAUAUGUUUUGGGCCAUGUGCUGGCUGUAUGUAUUGAUAAACAACGUGCCGGUGUGGGGUAUUGCAAGAACUUGGUAAUGUGAUUAAACCUGACUGAGUUAACCUAGGGAAAGUGGAUAACCCACAGGUGUCAUUUCGAAGGUUUCCAGGAUCUUCUAUAAAAUGAAUUAGCACUACCUUGAGGUUAACUUAAAGAUGGUUUUACUGCAGAACCAGGAUCUUGGAAUUACCCCCCAGAUGUGGCUAUGUUGUUGUCACCUGUAACAGCCUCUAGAGGAAAAAAAUAUAUACACGGCACUCAUGGAAGAAUAGAAAUGGAGGGAAAAAACCUUUUCCAUCCUCACACAGUCUGAGUUUUAUUUCUCACUAACCAUGAUGACUAAAAAGUAUUUGUUUGGUCCUGCUGUUUCUGGUUUUUCACUUGAAAGACAAUCAUGCAAAAAAAAAUAUAUCACAGGUAAAGAAAAGUGACUUGCACAUGAACAUCUACUUCUGAUGAGCUGCGCGUAGAAGUUGAGCUAUGUUGUAGAUGUCCCACCCCAGUUCAUGAAUUCAUGUCCCGUUUCUGAAAAUAAGGCUCAUUUUACUCCUCCCCUCAAGUUAAAUAAUAGUUUUGCCUUCCUCCUUCCAGACGUUCUUAGUGUGGUGAUAUUAAUUCUAGUUCCAAGCUAGCAGCUGUCUUUGAAUUGUAUUGGAUCAACUAGCAGCUAUUAGUCCCAUACAAUUCAAUUGUACAAAUGCACUCAGAGAGUGCAGCCCUCUGCCAAGGAAUCUGUUUGAUAGAACAUUUGACUAUUGUUACACCCUAAUUUUUUUUCAAGUCUUUCUUGGUGGAGGUUAUAAUUAUGCGAGGUAAGCGGUAAAAUUUACGUUGCCAGCCUCUAAGAACGACUGGACGUAGGCCUAGGCUACAGAAGAAAGGUAAAAACAAGGGUUAAUGUCAAGGGAAGGUGUAAAAUGAGCGUAUUCCUUUUCCAAAAGUGGUAAAAUGUCACAGACCCAAGUUUUCUAAACAGCUCUAUUUUUUCACUUGCAUUGCGUGUCGACUUUUCAUUUCGUGUCUAAACACUUCCACACAUGCCUUGUCUCCACAUGGCUGCUCUUGUUGUUCUCCUGGUGUUGAUGGGCGUAUACUUUAUUUGUAUUUUAUUUUUUAGGUAUAUGUUGUCUUUCCUAUGGAUGACCCAGUGUCAUUAUGUUCUCCAUGAGGGUGUAUGCGGGCAUGCCCCUGCCAUGAGAACCACCCAAACAGUGACUGCGGUGCUAGCUCUGGACACAAGUUUUCUUUUUUCUUUAAUGAAGCCUUUUCAAAUAGGAUUAACUUACUUAUCUUAUUGUAACUUAAAUAGCUUUGGACUGCUAAUGGAUGUGGUAACAACAACACUACAUGAUAUUGUGAUUGAGGCAGGUUUUGUCUACUGACCUCUUAUUAGCCUGCAGCGCCAAACACAGGCAGGGGGGUGAAUUGCAGCUCUGGGCGUCAUGACUGUAGAGUUGAGGGUUGCUUAUUACUUAAGGUACCACUGACCUCGCCCUGAUUGAUUUUUCACCCAGGUAGUUGAACUAGUUGAACUAACUUGUCACUCUGCAACAUGUCUGACCCCCUUGCAUCCUGUUUUUUUUUUUUUGCUUAUUUUUUUAUGAUUAUUUUUGUUUGCAUUCUUGAGAGGACUAUGACAUUAAAUAAGCAUUUUUUGUAUGCAAAGUUUCACUUGUGAACUAUCGUUGAUGUAAAGAUUUUAACAGAGCUAUCCAGAAAAUAUGUUGUGUAACUGUAUUGGAGGUAAUUGUUAUAGAGCAAACAAAAAAGUAUUAAAAAUCACAAGAUUUUUUUA